CUAAAACUAAAGGGCAGUGCAUACCGGUCAGGCCCAAAUCGUCUAACACCAGCAUGAAUCAUUCGAACAAAUCGUCUCUCAUCUCUUCUUCAACCGUUCAGCACGGUUGACGAGGCGAUCAGUCUUCUUCAAAAGCAAGUCUGCGCCAGCUACCAGUGUCCGUUGUACCCCGCGAGCCACCACCGGCUACCGCGCGCUGCCCUGCUUCUGCUCCACCUGCGCGCCGGGAAAAACUUCUGAUUUCUGUCUUUCCGACUCACCACUCAGCUAGACCCUCAAUGGUUGUAGACCUACCGAUUAUAACUAAUUUGCUUCAGAUGCUGAAACGGUUUUCCACUUCUUUGGUCGCACUCAUGAGAAGCUGCGAUAAAAUAUAAGAAGUACACUGUAGUGCGGAGUUUACGGUUAAGCUCGCUGAGUUGAGAACUGUGAAAACCGUGGAAUGGCGGAUUACCACUUUGUAUACAAGGAUUUGGAGGGAUCCUCAACACAAUGGGACGAUAUACAGAGGAAACUUGGAAAUCUCCCGCCAAAAUCGCCGCCGUUCAAGCCACCAGGUUUCACGCCUGCCGAGGAUGAUGACUCUAAGCCCAAAGACAAGGCCUGGAUCGACCAAAAAACAGAGGAAGAGCUUGAAGAUCUCGAAGAAGAUGAUCUCGACGAAGAUCGAUUUCUCGAAGAAUAUAGGAAGAAGCGGUUAACUGAGAUAAGAGAAGCAGCUAAGAUAGCAAAGUUUGGUUCAGUUAUUCCAAUUUCAGGAUCUGACUUUGUUCGUGAAGUCUCACAAGCUCCUCAAGACAUUUGGGUUGUGGUGAUGCUCUAUAAAGAUGGAUACCCAGAGUGCAGGAUGCUUUUGCAAUGUCUGGAAGAUUUGGCUAAAAGGUACCCUGCAACAAAGUUUGUGAAGAUUAUAUCGACAGAGUGCAUUCCAAACUAUCCAGACCGUAAUCUGCCAACUAUUCUGGUUUACGAAAAUACUGCUGUUAAGGCAACUUAUGUGGGAACACACAGCUUUGGUCGGAGAUGCACUCCUGAAAGUGUGGCCUUAGUUCUAUGCCAGUCAGAUCCUGUGCUGAAUGAUGGACAUGGCAGGGAACAAUCAAGAGAAACUGUUCUGGAUGGAAUCAGGAAGAAGUUUCUUGAGAGGGCCAUAAAAGAGCGUGAAGAUGAUGAUGGAUCUUUAAGUGAUUGAUGUUUCCAUGGUGGUGAUAUUUCAUUUCCCAUCCUCCUCUUUUCCCCCUCAUAUUUAUACCCAGUUGCUAAACUCUCAACUUGUGUGAUCUAGGCGCAUGAACAAACACCUCUUCUAUGGUUUAUUAGAAAUUUUUUAUAUAUCUUGUAUAUUUUCUUUUUUUUUUUUGCUUUUUUCAAGGAAUGUCUGAUCACCUGAGCUUGAUGUUAGGCUGUUAGCUGUACAUUAUACUUCUGAAUAUUUUCGUGGUUCAAGGCUUUUAAUUUUUUAAAUUUUUUAGUGUUACUCCAUCAUUUUGUUUUUA